UUCCAAAUACUUUAUUCUUUUCGAAACAAAAUAUUUCUUCAUUUCAUUUUAAUAAAUUCUGUUCAAAAAAACAACAAACGAUUUUUUGUUAAGUCUUUUAAAAAGAAUUCAUUUUGAUUUUCCAAAUACAGAACUUCGUAUAAUUUAUAUUUUUUUAUCAAUAAGUUCUUUUGAAAAAUGAGCAAAAAAAUUAAAUCAAAUUUGAUUUUUCAUUAAACAUAUUUAUAAGCAUUUCAUUUAAAAUAAGUUUUUUCUUUUUCUUCGAUUAAAAACAACUUUUCUUCUUCUGCUUCUUUUCAUCGUAACCUUUUGUUUUCAUCAUUCUCUAGAAUCAAAAUUCAACAAAUGGAAACGAAAUGCCAUCACUGUAGCUGGUGGAAAUGGACAAGGAAAAGAAUUAAGUCAACUUAAUUACCCUGAAGGAAUCUUUAUUGAUGAUAAGAAAAAUAUUUUCAUUGUUGAUUCAUAUAAUGAUCGUAUAGUUGAAUGGAAAUAUAAUGCAAAAGCAGGACAAAUCAUUGCAGGUGGAAAUGGCAGAGGAAAUCGAACGGAUCAAUUAAAUCGACCAACAGAUGUGACUAUUGAUCAACAAAAUCAUUCGAUCAUUAUUGCUGAUUAUGGGAAUAGACGAGUGAUUGAAUGGUUAAAUCAAAACCAACAAAUUCUCAUUGACAAUAUUGACUGUUAUGGUCUGUCAAUGGAUAAAUAUGGAUUUCUUUAUGUUUCUUAUUUUGAGAAGCAUGAAGUGAGGCGAUGGAAAAUGGGAGAAUACAACAACGAAGGAAUUGUAGUGGCAGGUGGAAAUGGGCACGGAAAUCAACUUAAUCAACUUAAUUUUCCUAAGUUUAUGUUUGUUGAUAAAGAUCAAUCUGUUUAUGUAUCAGAUGAAGGCAAUCAUCGUGUGAUGAAAUGGGAAAAAGAUGCAAAAGAAGGAAAAAUUGUGGCUGGAGGAAAUGGUAAAGGAGAAAAUCUCAAUCAAUUGUCUUACCCUCAUGGAGUAAUUGUUGAUCAUUUUGGUCAGAUCUAUGUGGCAGAUUCUUCGAAUCAUCGAGUAAUGCGUUGGUGUGAAGGAAAAGAAGAAGGUGAAGUUGUUGUUGGUGAAAAUAGAAAACGAAAUCAAUCAAAUCAUUUGUUAGGACCCGGUGGUUUAUCUUUUGAUGAUGAAGAAAAUCUUUAUGUUGCUGAUCUGUAUAAUCAUCGAAUUCAAAAAUUUGAAAUAAUAUUGUGA